UGUUUGAACUUUGAAUUGUAAUGUGUGUCUGUACUGUAGUCUGUUGUUCAUGUCGGAAUAUGGUUGUAUAAACAGACUAUAUUUCACUGUCCUUCUCUUCCCCAACGCUUUGGCUGAUGUCAAAAUAUUGUUGUUAAUAUUGACACGCAAUAGAAGCUUUUCUGUGUAGUCAACUGUUAGCACUUUGUCUGUACACGGUGAAGUUGAUGAAAUAUAACCUCUCUGUCACAUAAUGAGUGAAGAUCAAAGAACAGUGUUUUGUGGUAAUAUAUCAGAAAAAGUAACGGAAGAAAUAUUAUUUGAAUUGUUUCUUCAGGCUGGUCCAUUGGAUGCAGUGAGGAUUCCUAAAGAUAAAGAUGGCAGGCAGCGUUCAUUUGCGUUUGUUGUCUUUAAACACGAAAGUUCUGUACCUUACGCGAUAGCAUUAUUUGAAGGGACUGCAUUGUAUAAUAAGGUUUUACAACUCAAAUCAAGGCAGGUACCAAACGAGAAAAAUUUUGGAAACAUGUCCCAUCAACGUGCAUACUCUGCUCCAGUCAAUUCAAAUUCGAAACCAAGUGCUUCACCGGACUUUCACCAUUUGCUUCAGUUUGGACAACAGAUGCUAAACCCAGGAAUGAGACCUUCAGAUCCAGUUACAGGUCUAAGGAACUUAUAUGAAAGUCAGAGGGGAGCUUCAAAUUACCUUGGUGCACCUUUUCAUUUAAACAGCCUUCAGGGAAAUUGGUCCAGUAGAAAUCAUCCUUAUAGUGUGCAUGGAAAUGGACAGAAACGAAAAAGUUCUGAUCGUGACCGAAAUUACCGGAGAGAACAUAGGAACAGUGACAGAAAAGGGUUUAGUCGUUAUUAAGGAUUCAGUUGUUGCAUUGUGCAGUUGGUCAUUGAUUAAUUGUAAGGAAUGAAUGUACAAAUAUUUUUACCAUUUUUUAGGAUUGUAAUGUAGACAAUUUUCAUACGUCCAGAAAUGUCUUCACUAAUUUAAGAUAUGUGAAUUUUCACCUUCUCACUGAGGGAUGCAUGCAAAUGGACACAAGAUUUUAAAAAUCAGCAGUGCGAUCACAGUUUAUUUUGUCACAAUCUGAAUUUAUAACUUUGUCUGUACUAAAAUUGUAUAUUUUAUUUUAAUACA